CUUAAUGAUAAUUAUGAUGAGAAUAUACGAGAAGACAGUUAUGAUACUCAAAAAAGUUUUCUUAUUGACAUUUUGAAUACUAUUCAACAAACUGAUAUUAUUAAACUUUGGCAAACUGUGAUUUCAUGUGGCACAAAGAAGCAAUUUAUAGUAUUAUUAACUGAUGGGUCACAUAGAUGUACAUGUAACUUACUUAUUACACAUGAAUAUCCUUGUCAACAUUUUUAUAAAGUUUUACGAUCUUCCUCUCAAGCCAGAUGGCAUAUUGGGCUAGUAGCUAGUAGAUGGUACAAAGAUAACAAA